GGCGUGCGCGCGCAGCAGCUGCGGGACGAGCUUCUGGAAGCUCCUUGAGGAGGAGCUGGCUGUGGACGCGGUUGCAGAGUUACUACAAGACUAUACUGGAUCCCUGGAAACCUCAAUAUUUGACUGUGUAUGGUGCUUAUUGGUGAACUGUAUUGAUUUUCAAUUUAUAGGGGACUGAAACCCUGCUUGUAAUACACAAUGCAAGCUCUGGUACCCUUGAACAAGAUGACUGCCGUCUUUGAAGACCCUCCAGCGCUGACCUCAAGUAAACAAAACAAGAUCCCAGAAGUAAAUACUUCUGGGAAUCAAGGAGCUAUCUUAAAAGAAGAUAUUGCUGACCUAGAGUCUUUCAGACAGAAGUUCAGGUUGUUUCGUUACUCGCAAGAGGCUGGACCCAGGAAAGCCCUGACUCAACUCUGGGAGCUCUGUGUUCGGUGGCUAAGACCAGACAUUCAUACAAAAGAACAGAUUUUAGAACUAUUAGUGUUUGAGCAAUUCCUGACCACUUUGCCUGGGGAGAUCAGAAUUUGGGUCAAGUCACAAAACCCUAAGAGUAUUGAGGAGGUGGUGACGCUGGUAGAGGACUUAACACAAACAUGUGAGGAAAAGGAAGCUUCAACUGUUCAAGAUUCUGCUAUUGACCAAGAGGAUAACUCAGAAGCAGAUAAACUGGUUGCUGUUCCAAAUACAGAGACAUGUGAACCAAUAGCAUUCAAAGAUGUGGUCAUGAGCUUUUCCAGAAGAGAGUGGAGGAAGCUAGAGCCUUCUCAAAAGGAGCUGUUUAAGGAUGUGCUGCUGGAAAACUUAAAACACUUAGAAUUUCUGGGCUUUCAAGUUUCCAAAUUAGAUUUGAUUUCCCAGCUAAAAUGGGUUGAAUUACCAAGACUGGUAGAAAGAAAACUCUUAAAAGACUCCAGGGCAGAAUGUGAGCCUAAAGGAGAAUUGGAGGAGGUAUCUGCUCAAAACCGUGAUGUUUUUAUGGAAGAAUUAACUUUAGAGAAAAUAAUAGAAGAAUGCUUCAAGGAUGAUGGUUGUGGCCUGAUGGCAGAAUUCCAGAAACGUUACAGCAAAUCCAAGGAAGACCAUAGCAAACAACAACAUUCAAAAGGAUCACUUACAGAAAAGGAAGCUCACAGGAAAAGUAAUAUGGGUGAAAUAGUAGACCCAGAAAAGAGCCCCUUUCGAAAGAAACUCAAAUGGACUGCUGACAAUCUUAAACAUCUGAAAUCCUUCUUAAAAAACAAGCCUAAGAAGUAUAAUGAAUGCAAGAAACCCUUCAGUUUUCAUUCAGGUGCUGGUCUGAACUACAAAGAAAAUACUGCAGAAAAGUCAAAGAAACACAGUGAAGCUGGAAAGGGCCCUACUCACUCUUCAUCUCUUACUGAACAUCAGAAAAACAAAAAAAUUCAUUCAGAAAAUAGAUCCCAACAUCAGAAAAACAAGAAAAUUUGUUCAGGAAAUAGAACCCAGAAGUGCAGUAACUGUGGGGUAGCAUUUACACAAAGUUUAUCCCAUUCGAAGACAGAAAACUCUACCUGUGAAAAAUGUUACAAGAAAUUACAUCAAGAUGGAACCUCAAAGAAAGAUGAUGAAACUAAAACUGUUAAAACUACUCAUAAAUGUAGUAAAUGUGGAAAAGGUUUUUGCUGUCGUGUACCCCCCAGCAAACACAAACCUGACACUGGAGAGAAACCUGGUAUAUGUAUUGAAUGUAGAAAAACUCGUAGUAGUAGUUCAUCACACAAGCCACCUCCCAAAAAGAAGAAGAAUAUAAACAAACCCUACAAAUGUGAACACUGUGAAAAAGGCUUCACCCUGUUGACCGAUUUUAUUAAGCAUAAAAGAAUUCAUACUGGGGAAAAACCUUUUAAGUGCAAAAAUUGUGGGCGAGCCUUCAGUGACAGUUCAUCUCUUUCUCAACACAACCGAACUCAUACUGGAGAAAAACCUUAUAAAUGUAAUGAUUGUGGGAAAUCCUUCACUCAUAGCUCUUCCCUUGCCAAACAUCAGAGAAUUCAUACUGGAGAGAAACCAUACACAUGUGAUGAAUGUGGACAAGCCUUUAGACAGGCUUCUUGCCUUAAACGACAUCAGAGAAGUCACAGUGGAGAAAAACCAUAUUCGUGUAAUGAUUGUGGUGUGAAGUUUACCCUUUUCUCAUCUCUAGUAUAUCAUCAAAGACUUCAUAGAGGAGAAAAACCCUACAAAUGUGACCAAUGUGAGAAAGCCUUUGGUGCCCUUUCCCUACUUACUCGUCAUGUGAGAAGCCAUACAGGUGUGAAUCCGUACAAAUGUAAAGACUGUGGGAAAACUUUCAGGCAGAGUUCAUCUCUUAAUAAACAUUACCGAACUCAUACUGGAGAGAAACCCUAUGUAUGUGACUUUUGUGGAGCAAGCUUUAGUCGGAGCUCAACCCUUGUAGAACAUGUAAAAAUUCAUACCAGAACAAGUGACUAUGAAUGUAAUAAAUGUGACAAAAAAUUUAAAAGUACUUCAGGCCUUUUCAGACACAAGGCGUCUCACGCUGCAGAGUAGUUCUGCAAGUACAAUGAGAUAUUCAUCCCUCUUCAUUUCAAGGAUGUCACCUGCUGAUAAAUAAUAAUAGAGUUGAUAAAGCUAUGUAGAAAGU